AUGUCUCGAGUUUGGAUGAUAACCGGUGCAAAUACUGGCAUCGGUCUCGAAAUUGCUCUGAAAGCACUCAAGGAGGGCGACAAAGUGAUUGCUGCCGUCAGGAGUCCUGAAAAAGUCCCUGAAACCCUGAAGACCGACAACGUCUCGAUUCUGAGAUUUGACCUGUCUUGGUCUCAGGAGAAAGUCAACGUGUUUGCAAAAGAAGCGGUUGGCGCUUUCGGUAAAAUCGAUGUCCUGGUUAACAACGCCGGAUAUGCGUACAUGGGCGGGAUCGAAGAGAUCAGUGACGAAAAUGUGAAACAACAAUAUGAAAUCAACGUAUUUGGCAUUCUGCGAGUGAUACGUGCCUUCCUACCAGAUUUACGAGCGCAGAGGUCAGGCCUGAUCUUGAACUUCAGCUCAAUUGGAGGAUUCCACGGAUAUCCAGGCAAUGGCAUCUACUGCUCGACCAAAUUUGCGCUCGAAGGUAUCACCGAGGCUUUAGCUCAAGAAGUUGCAUCCUUCGGCAUUGAUGCUGCAAUCGUGGAACCGGGAUACUUCCGCACCAAUUUCCUUGCUUCAGCCUCUGCUGGGCAGAAUUUGGCACCCGCAAUGUCCGAAUACGAGAACACUCCUGUGGGAGAGGCCCGGCAGGCUUUUGUGAAAUAUAAUCUUAAGCAACCGGGUAAUCCUGUGAUUCUGGCAGAGCGGGUCUGGGAGUAUGCAGCCAGAAAGGGACUAUUCGCAGAUCGCAAACGUCGUCUCAGGCUGCCGCUUGGUUCGGACACGGGAGCUCAGCUAAGGUCGUUUAUUGCGGAUCUUCAGGAGACGGCGGAGGAGUAUCGUGAGGUUUAUGAGAGCACAGAUUUCAAGGACUGA